UUCACCGCUGCACGCGCUGCCAGAGUUUGGUCGAGAGGAAACCUGUUCCCAUGUCACCCUCGGGGCUCCGCGUCUGGUCGGAUCGGCGCAGCUCUUCCUGAACGCGGACCGGAUCUGCUGCAGGUGUUCGCGGCGCGCAGAGGGAACAUGUCCAAUGGGAAAGACCCAAACGCUGCGCAAAACUCCUCCGAGAUGACCCUGAAAGCAUGUCUGGAUGAGUGCAUGGAGGCCCUGGAUCUCUUCCUCAACAACCACUUCAACGAGAGCCUGGAGAGGCUGCGGCCGAGAGUCCAGGAGAGCAUGUACCACGCUCUGAUCUACGCCACGGUGCUGGAGAUGCAGGCCAUGAUGACCUUUCAGCACGACGACAUAACCAACGCCGGGAACACCAUGAAGAGCGCCCAGGAGGUCUGUCAGAGGUUUCGACGGAAAUCCCAGGGUUUGUCAAACAAGUCGGUCGGCGAGUCUCUUUCUGAAGUGCAGCUCCAUGCAGAGGUGUGUUAUGCAGAGUGCCAACUCCAAAGAGCUGCUCUCACGUUCCUCCAGGAUGAGAGCAUGGUGAGUUUUAUCAAAGGAGGGAUGAAAGUAAGAAACAGCUACAUGAUUUACAAAGACCUGCACAACUUCAUCAAAUCUUACAGCUGCGUCAAAGGACCGAGCCACAUUCACCUGGAGGGAGGCAUUUCUUUCGGAGUGGGAGCGUUUAACCUGACGCUGUCUCUGUUUCCUCCUCGUAUUCUUAAAAUGUUGGAGUUUGCGGGUUUUUCCGGCGACAAGGAACACGGCCUCUCUCUGCUCUGUGACGGAGCCACAGGAAUGAACCUGCGCUCCAUGCUGUGCGCCCUGCUGCUGCUCUGCUACCACACCUUCCUCACGUUCGUCCUCGGGACGGGAGAGGGAGAAGUUUCUGAGGCUGAGCGACUGCUGAAACCUUUCCGGCUCCGAUACCCACGGGGUGCAAUAUUCCUCUUUUUUGCCGGCAGAACGGAGGAGAUCAAAGGAAACAUCGAUGAGGCGGUGGCGCUGUUCGAGGACGGCUGCAAGGCCCAGCAGGCGUGGAAGCAGUUCCACCACAUGUGCUACUGGGAGCUGAUGUGGUGCUUCACCUUCAAGCGCGCCUGGAAGAUGGCCUACUUCUACGCAGACCUGCUGAGCCAGGAGAGCCGCUGGUCCAAGGCCAUGUAUGUGUACAUGAAAGCUGCUUACCUCAGCAUGCUGCCGGAGGAAGAGGCGCGGCCUUUUGGAGAGGACGAGGUGGAGCUCUUCAGACAAGUUCCCACCCUCAAGCAGAAGAUAGCAGGAAAGUCUCCCCCGACUGAAAAGUUUGCCAUCCGCAAAGCCCGACGCUACAAGUCUUCCGACCCGGUCAGGCUGCCGGUGCCGGUUCUGGAGAUGAUGUACAUGUGGAACGGCUUCAGCAUGAUCAGCAAGCGGCCAGAGCUGACCGAGGGGAUGAUGCAGACUCUGGUGGAGGCAGAGCGCACCCUGCUGGAAUCUCCAGAGAGCGAGUACCUGAUGGACGACCGCUGCCUGAUCCACAUGCUGAAGGGUUUGUGCUUUAAGAACCAGGGAAACCUGCAGGCGGCUGAGGAGUGCCUCAACAAGGUCUGCUCCAGUGAGAAGAAGAUUAAGUUUGAUCACUACCUGGUUCCCAACGCUCUGGUGGAGCUCAGUCUGCUUUACAUCGAUCAAGGCAAAAGAGACGCGGCUAUCAAGAUACUCCAUAAAGCCAAGCACAACUACAAGGACUACUCCAUGGAGUCCAGGACUCUGUUCAGGAUCCACGCUGCUCUGGCCAAACUCAAGGCCGACCCUGAGGAGGAAGACAGCCAGAUGUGACGGAACCCAGCAGACCGCUCGUCACGGGCCGUUUUGACCCGCAGCGCGCUUGCAACAAACUUUGACAUGUCGAUACAAGAAGGCGUUUCGUGCCGUCACCGUGACUUAAAGAGGAGCGCAGCAGAGCUGGGGUUUUCACUACCUUCCACAGGCGAACACACACCUGAGUGUACAUAUAUGCAAGUUAUUUUAUUCAACGGAGGAGGUUACGCGGUUCAGAAUGACAAUGAAUCUUCACCAAUCGAGCUUAUUGUAGAGAAACCAAACGCUUUGUAAGAUUUAUUCAAACAAAUGUGCUGCGUCCAUCUUGAAGAGAAGGGAGGAAUCGGUGGGGAACAUCCGCUUCUGUAAACUCUAGUAGGCACCACUGAAGUGACCAUGUUAUUUUUAAUAGUGUGAUGCAUUGUGGGGAAACUGUUGAUACGCCUUAAUAAAAUCCAGUGCAAACA